GUCGGGAUGGAGGUGAGAAGACGGCCGUGACGCGCUCCAGCGCGGGUCCCUGCACCCCCAACAGCCCAUAGCGCUCCCUGCCCCCCUCCCCCGAGGCAGCCGGCCUUGCCGUCCAGUGACAGCGGCCUGGCGGGGCAGGGGGGGCGGGGGAGGCCGGACCAGCGAUGCCGGCGGGCAUGACGAAGCAUGGCUCCCGCUCCACCAGCUCGCUGCCGCCCGAGCCCAUGGAGAUCGUUCGCAGCAAGGCGUGCUCGCGGCGCGUACGCCUCAACGUUGGCGGUCUGGCGCACGAGGUGCUUUGGCGCACCCUGGACCGCCUGCCCCGCACGAGGCUGGGCAAACUCCGUGACUGCAACACUCACGAUUCACUGCUCGAGGUAUGCGACGACUACAGCCUCGAUGACAAUGAGUACUUCUUCGACCGCCACCCAGGCGCCUUCACCUCCAUUCUCAACUUCUACCGCACUGGGCGGCUGCACAUGAUGGAGGAGAUGUGUGCUCUCAGCUUCAGCCAAGAGCUCGACUACUGGGGCAUCGACGAAAUCUACCUGGAGUCCUGCUGCCAGGCCCGCUACCACCAGAAGAAGGAGCAGAUGAACGAGGAGCUCAAGCGUGAGGCCGAGACCCUACGCGAGCGAGAGGGUGAGGAGUUCGAUAACACUUGCUGCGCGGAGAAAAGGAAAAAACUCUGGGACCUACUGGAGAAACCCAAUUCCUCUGUGGCUGCCAAGAUCCUUGCCAUAAUUUCCAUCAUGUUCAUCGUCCUUUCCACCAUUGCCCUGUCGCUCAACACGCUGCCCGAGCUGCAGAGCCUCGAUGAGUUUGGUCAGACCACAGACAACCCCCAACUGGCUCACGUGGAGGCCGUGUGCAUUGCGUGGUUCACCAUGGAGUACCUGCUGCGGUUCCUCUCCUCGCCCAAGAAGUGGAAGUUUUUCAAGGGCCCACUCAAUGCCAUCGACUUGCUGGCCAUCCUGCCGUACUACGUCACCAUCUUCCUCACCGAAUCCAACAAGAGCGUGCUGCAGUUCCAGAACGUGCGGCGCGUGGUCCAGAUCUUCCGCAUCAUGCGCAUUCUCCGCAUCCUUAAGCUCGCCAGACACUCCACUGGCCUCCAGUCCUUGGGCUUCACCUUGCGGCGGAGCUACAACGAGCUGGGCUUGCUUAUCCUCUUUCUUGCCAUGGGUAUCAUGAUCUUCUCCAGCCUUGUCUUCUUUGCGGAGAAGGACGAGGAGGACACCAAGUUCAAAAGCAUCCCAGCCUCUUUCUGGUGGGCUACUAUUACCAUGACGACUGUUGGGUAUGGAGAUAUCUACCCCAAAACUCUCCUGGGGAAAAUUGUGGGGGGACUCUGCUGCAUUGCAGGGGUCCUGGUGAUUGCUCUUCCCAUCCCCAUCAUUGUCAAUAACUUCUCCGAGUUCUACAAGGAGCAGAAGAGGCAAGAGAAAGCAAUCAAGCGGAGAGAGGCUCUGGAGAGAGCUAAGAGGAAUGGCAGCAUUGUGUCUAUGAACAUGAAGGAUGCUUUUGCCCGGAGCAUUGAAAUGAUGGACAUUGUAGUUGAGAAAAAUGGAGAGAAUAUAGGUAAGAAGGACAAAGUACAAGAUAACCACUUGUCUCCCAACAAAUGGAAAUGGACAAAGAGGACACUGUCUGAAACCAGCUCAAGUAAGUCAUUUGAAAAUAAGGAGCAGGGAUCCCCUGAGAAGGCCAGAUCAUCUUCUAGUCCUCAGCACCUGAACGUCCAGCAGUUGGAAGACAUGUACAAUAAGAUGGCCAAGACCCAAUCUCAGCCCAUCCUCAAUACCAAGGAGUCAGCAACACAGAGCAAACCAAAGGAAGAACUUGAAAUGGAGAGCAUCCCCAGCCCUGUAGCCCCUCUGCCCACUCGUACAGAAGGGGUCAUCGAUAUGCGAAGCAUGUCGAGCAUUGAUAGCUUCAUUAGCUGUGCCACAGACUUCCCUGAAGCCACCAGAUUCUCCCAUAGUCCUUUGGCAUCACUCCCCAGCAAGACUGGGGGCAGCAUAGCCCCAGAGAUGGGCUGGCGGGGAGCUCUAGGUGCCAGUGGUGGUAGGUUUGUGGAGGCCAACCCUGCCCCUGAUGCCAGCCAUCACUCUCCUUUCUUCAUCGAGAGCCCCAAGAGUUCCAUGAAGACCAACAACCCCUUGAAGCUCCGAGCACUUAAAGUCAACUUCAUGGAGGGCGAUCCCAAUCCAUUGGUCCCUGUUCUGGGGAUGUACCACGACCCUCUCAGGAGCCGGGGGGGUGCUGCAGCUGCUGUUGCUGGACUGGAGUGUGCCACACUCUUGGACAGGCCUGUGCUGAGUCCAGAGUCCUCCAUCUACACCACAGCCAGUGCUAGGACACCCCCCCGGUCACCUGAGAAACACACAGCAAUAGCAUUCAACUUCGAAGCGGGUAUCCACCAGUACAUUGAUGCAGACACAGAUGAUGAGGGACAGGUGCUUUACAGUGUGGACUCCAGCCCUCCAAAGAGCCUCCAUGGGAGCACCAGUCCCAAGUUCAGUGUUGGGACGAGAUCAGAAAAGAACCACUUUGAAAGUUCACCCUUACCCACCUCCCCUAAGUUCUUAAGACAGAACUGUAUUUACUCUACAGAAGCAUUGACUGGAAAAGCCCCUGGUGGUCAGGAAAAGUGCAAACUCGAGAACCACAUCUCCCCCGACGUCCGUGUGUUGCCGGGCGGAGGAGCCCAUGGAAGCACACGAGAUCAGAGCAUCUGAACUACCCCACGCGGAGGAGAGACGUGGGGCGAGGUCCAAAGAGGAGUGCGGCUCAGCUUACCUGCCACAGAGCUUUUCUGCAUGAACUCUGAAAACAGAAAGGCUCUGCGAAGCCCCUGGAAAGAAGAGAGACUCCAGAGAAAGCUCCCUAAGGCCUUGAGAGUCAUGACAGGUCCAUCAGAAUGAAGUUGGCCAAGCCAUAGGAUAUGGCGCCUCCUUGUAACAACUCCACUGCCCUCUUUGGGAGAUGUCAUGAGCAGAACUCACAGCCACCACUACCACGUUUUAGACAUAACCACGGCCACCUAUUCCCCAUUCUUCUCUUAUGGCUCUUCAUCACAGCCUCUGAGAGCAACACCUCCAUCCCUCCUGGCUUCUCUGGAGAAGGAUGCUGGGACAAGUGGCUUAUACUGAAAGAGUGGGUUGACCAAUUUGGUUUCGGGUAUUGCCUGGCCACCUCUAGAAACUCCUGUCCAUCAUCUCUCGGAUGGAUCCCACUGUUAGAAGGCUACAGGGGAUGCCUGUGUCAUAGAGAAAUCUCUGUGCCGCAAGCCAGGAUCCCAGCACAAACCCUUACUCGAAUGUCUUCAUUGACUUCAGUAUUUCGUAGUACCUGAGAUUUUAUUUUGAGAUAUCAUCAGGGUGAGUUGCACCACUUGUACUCAAUUCUCAUUGCCCCUGGCAAUCUGGGGAGGGCUCAGAAGGCAGGCACUCAGCCAACAGAACUCUGAGGAUUGCUUUAGGGUCGUAGAAGGAAAAAGUGUUCUGUACAUUGUUAGUGUAGACUCAAAAGAUAUGCAAGUGUCAAAUAUGCAAAAGAAAUAGCUUAUUCAAAGAGACUAUGUUACCGAAGAACAGAAUAAAAUCUGAUUUUUUUUUUUUUUACCUGCAAAAACGAAAGGAAAAAAAUAUCUUCAAUUGAAAUGCCCAGUUCAGACUUUUGAAUACUUCCUGCUGUGGCAGGGAAAGCAUCUACUAUAAUAGAAAUUCUGUUUUGUUUCCUGUGGU